AUGGAAGACUUUACUUGUCUUAUGGAUAUCGACCCAAAUCCUAUGAUAGCGUUCGAUAUCGAAGAAGAAUCAGAAAUUUUGAAUUAUGUAAGUACUAGUACUGAAACUUCAAAAGAGCUAAACUACCUUGAGCAGAAAUUCAACACAAUUGAUAUCAAAGAAAAGUCUGCUGAAGAAGAAAAAUCAUCAAUUUGUAGCAAUAAGAGCACAUACUAUUCCAGUAAGAGCUCAUGCACAAAGAGAAAAACAAACGAGUACAAAAAGACUAUGGCAGUCGAUUCGGCUCUAAAGUUCAAACUCGAAACUCUGCUUCUAGCUUUAUUUAAAAGAAAAAAACCUAACAAGCCUCCCAAAAAAGAAUAUAUUCGAUGCACACUGAUAAGAGGACACAAGCGCUCAAUAAGACAAAGUUUCCAAGGAAUUUACCCUUCAAAAGGGAUUCACAAAUUUUUAUUAACUGAUGCCAAAUCUUACAGAAUAUGGAAUUACUUAACACAAAUCUGUCUCAGGGAUAGUAGAGACUCAGCAAUAAUGAUGGAAAAGUCAUCUACAGUAAAAGGCCCAAAAACUGAUGGGAAAAGCAAGAGACAGCAAAUUAAAGAAAAUGAUGAACUUAAAAAAUCAUUUAAUGAUGACUUCUGUCGAAGCUAUUUUCUCGAAGAAGUUAUAAAGGAGCAUUAUUACUAUUACAUUAAACUUUUAUUUGCUCAUUUUGAUUGUGAUAUUCUGUGCGAAAAAUUUAAUUUCUUUUGCUGUGAAGGAAGGCAUACAGAUAUUUGUACCAAAAAAUGGGAAUUGUUAAACAUUUUUGUCAGCGAUUUAAUGCUGACUGAUAUAAAAAUCGAUCCUUGGUUUCCAAUUGGAGAGCAAAGACAAAAAAUAACACUGGAAGAUAUAGAUGAGCUUUCAAAAGUCGCAGCCUACAAUAAAGAUGAUGAUGACAUCUCACAAUUCUUGGCAUAG